AUGGCUGCAAACAGCUCACUGGUUUCUGAUGCUUUCUUGGUGGGAAAUAUCAAGGUGAUUUUUGCAGAGGUCCUGGUGUUGGUUUUUCUUUGCAUCAACCUGUUGCUCAUUGUGAUCUAUUUUAAGAAGGAGUGUUUCCACACAACUGCACGCUACGUCUUAUUUGCUGUUACAUUGCUGUCGGAUAGCCUGUUGUUGUUCAUGUCUGAUUUGCUGCUGAUCUUGGCCCAUUUUCAUUUACUAGUACAGGUAUGGAUGUGUAUCCUUAUCUCAUUUCUGACAUUACUGUAUUUUACAGUCACACCUGUCACUCUGACAGCAAUGACUCUUGAACGAUAUGUGGCCAUUUGUAUGCCGCUGCGUCAUGCAGAGCUGUGCUCCACGCGCAGCACUAUGGCCUGUAUCCUCAUCAUUCACUGCAUCAGCUCUGUACCCUGCAUUGUUAUUCUGUCCACCUUCUUUGCAUCUGCCUCUCUUAGCUUCUACAAAGAUCAGAGAAUAUGCACUGUGGAGGUGUUUAUGCUUCAUGCGUGGCAGGAUCACAUUAGAUCAGCUAUCAGUCAGUUUUACUUCUUGAUCAUGUGCAUUAUUAUCAUUUUCUCCUAUGCUAAAAUAAUGAAAGUGGCCAAAGCUGCAUCAGGAGAGAAUAAAAAGUCAACACAGAAAGGGCUCAGGACAGUGGCUCUUCACAGUUUUCAGCUGUUGCUCUGUCUCAUCCAGCUGUGGUGUCCAUUUAUAGAAGUUGCUAUAUUUAAGAUUGAUUCUAAACUGUUUGAACAUAUCAGGUACUUUAACUACAUUGUGUUUCGUCUUGCUCCAAGAUGUCUGAGUCCUCUCAUUUAUGGUCUUAGAGAUGACAUGUUUUUCCGUGCACUGAAAAAUUCUCUUCUCUCUCAUAAAAGAAAUUUGAUUUGACAAAUUUCUCCCCACAGUGUUCGUCAGUCAUGUGCACAUUGUUUUGGCCAGUGCCCACAGGUCUUGAGGCUGCAGGUUGAUGUGAUUGUCUCAAAAUUGCAAUAUCAUGCAGAACUGCUUCUGCUGGACGCUUAGCUGAUUGCGUAUAUGGUUGAUAGUUUACAGGCUAUAGUUUUUAUACAAGCUCAGUUAUGACUUUGGAAGGCAAAAGCAGUGUUUAUUAAUUGUUUCUGAGUUUAUUCAGUUGAGUCUUAUCUGCUGUGUCUCCCACAAAUGAUAAAAUAAUAUAAACUGCAUUGAUAGUGAAACACAAACUUUCUGAAACUUUACAUUUUGCAGAUAAAACAAUAAAUUGUAUGCAUGAUACUAUAUGAAUAUUGUAUUAAUGAGUUGUCUGUAAGUUGUCUUUAAAUAAUGUAAUUGAUAUCUUUGACUGGUUAAUAUCAUGUGAAUGAUAACUGAAGCAUUAAAUAAACCUUUUUGUUUUC